AUUAGACGUCAAAUCUUUAACAACAGCCUGCGUAAAACCUCCAAAAAUGUAUGGAUUGCCAAAAAUACACAAACACAACAAUCCUUUAAGACCCAUAGUCAGUCAUAUCGACUCACCCACAUACAAAUUAGCCAAACACUUAGUGUCAAUAUUAUCCCCUCUCAGGGGGCACACUAGUGCUCAUGUUAAGGACUCUUACCAUUUUGUGGAAACAUUGAGAGAUCUCAAAUUACUCCACAAUGAAACCAUGGUGAGUUUUGACAUUGAGUCACUAUUUACAAACUUACCACUAAAUGACUGCCUAGAUAUCAUUGCAAAAAGACUUAGGGAACAGAACAUGUCACCAGAUUAUGUAGAUAUUGUAAAACACUGUCUCACAUCAGGAUACUUAAUGUGGAAAGAUGAGUUCUAUGUGCAGGUUGAUGGAGUAGCCAUGGGUUCUCCAGUGUCACCUAUAGUCGCCGACAUCUUCAUGGAGGACUUUGAGGAGAGAGCUCUGGCCAAUACCCCGGUUAAACCUCGACUGUACAAGAGAUAUGCAACCCACACAGAUAGGUACCUCAAUGGUGAAUCCCACCACCACCCUUCACAACUGCUUUCUGUCGGUAAAUGUUUGUUUCAGAGAGCCCAACGUCUUUGUGAUGAUGCCCACCUCGAGGAGGAACUACAGCAUGUCAAACAGGUGCUACACCGAAACAAGCUGCGCAUCCCCCGGCUACAUCACAAAAACAAAAACAAGACACAAACAGUUCCCCGCCAGCCAGCCUACUUGCCAUAUGUAAAGGGAGUUACAGAUAGAAUUAGCCGGAUCCUAAAACGAGCUUCUAUUCAUACAAUUUUCAAGCCGCACAAGAAGAUUCAGCAAUUCCUAAGACCAAUCAAAAGUAACACCCCAUUGCAAGAUGCAGGUAUAUACAAA